GUCCGUUUCUCGUGGUCGUAGUUUAGUUUCAAAAUGGCUGAGUUUGAUGAUUCCUCUCCUUGUAUGCCUGUUAACCAGUGAAUAAAUCGAUAAGAACUGCACGCGUUUCCGAGCGAAUACACAUUAGGAUGAAUUCAAGGACAUGGGCGUGCGCAAUCUUUUGCCUGGCUCUUCUUCAGAGCGCACCCGGAGUUCUCCGGAGAUGCGUGAAUUGUAGAUCAAGGGGAGAUUUGGGAUCAUGCAAGGAUCCUUUCACCAUGAACGAGACGGAGAUCGAAAUGGAAAAAGGUGUCGACGCUGUUCCUUGCGCGUCCGGCUGGUGCGGCAAGAUUAUUGAACGGCACGGUUUAAAUAAUGAGUAUGGCACGGCCACGCAAAGACUUUGUUUCCAACGAGGGCCCGACGACGGCGAGGAGAGAUGCGCGUACACCGUUUGGAAUUACAAGAAGGUGUACAUGUGUCUUUGUAUGGGGGAUCUAUGCAAUGGAACAACGAAGCUUAGCAUAUCCAAUAGCUUAAUCUUUACGAUGCUUGGCGUUUUAAUUCGAUGGUUCGCUUGAGAAUACCGGGACUGAAUUGACUGUAUAUUAUUGUAUAAAAAGUUCCUUGUAACUAUACAUGACGUGAUAUCUUUAAUGUCCAAGUGUAGCCAGUAUAAAGUAUCGAUUUGUUGUUAGGUUUAAAUGAAUAAGAUGUCUGUAAAAACAUAUACUCUAAUUUUAUUUAUAACCGUAUCUUAUGUAUAAUCACAAGAAAUUGAGGUAUAUACGUUUUAUGUAAUAAAUCUGUAUAACACAUCAGCAAGACUGUAAAGUGCGGACAGUAGAAAACAGAUGUAAUUAGUUUAUUUUCAAAAUUUUUAAAUAAAAAAAGUAUCGAGCAGUGUAAAACAAA